GGGCGUGGCUUGCUUUUUCUACUGUGAGCUGAUUGGUUGUAGUAAAGUAGGCGCUUCAUUAGAAACAUGCCGAAAAGGGUUUGGGGAGAGUUAUUACAACCUAACAGACUCCUCCUGCUCACCAUUUCUGUCAGUUGUCAAAAGUGACAGCUGAAGAGGCGUGGUUAAGUGUGUUAGCCACGCCCAACACCUCAGACCUGAUCUGAGAACAAACUGGAAGCGCUUUCAAUUUUAGAUUACAAGGGCACUUUCUUCUAUCACAAGCACAGAUAAGCUGUUCACAAAACUAACAAUAUCAAUGUGGUUAGUUUUGAUCUCAUGUGGACUUUGAAGGAAGCGCGCUCUCGUGACGUUCGUUCAUUCAUUUAUUGAAUGUGAAGAUGAUGGGGAUCCACGCGCGCACAUGCACACGCCUCCACCUCUGUGUUUAUCCUCCUCUCCCACCCGUCUCCUCCUCCUCCUCCUCCUCCAUCAGCAUGUGUGCGGGGAUGGAUGCCGCACAGGCCCGUCUGGAAGGACAAUAAAAACGCACAAAGGCGAGGAUCCCGCAGACUUCGUGAUGUCCUCACUGAAGAGAGUGUUCAAGUGUGUGUGUUUCCUCUCACCCACUCAAUGAAAUGCAAUCAGUGAAGUCUCCCCCAACUCUCUGAAUGGAGCCACCAUAAAACCAGUUGAAAUGGAGGAUGAAGAUGGUACGUGUUUACUGGAUGUUUUGUGUGACCCUCAAGCCCUAAAUGAUUUUCUUCAUGGGACAAAUGAGCUGUCAAGUGGAGACUUACUCAUUAAUCCAUCCUCUGGAGAACCAUCGCUCUUCACAGACACUCCGAGCCCUGGAUCUCUGUUAGCAGAUGAUGCUAGUUCUCAGGACACUCCUGGAUCUGGCUGUGUGGAUCUCUCCUUUUUGGAGGAAGCUCUGCUGGCAUCACCAGCAUCCUCACUGGGACGAGGCAGUCCAGAGGAGUUGCAGGAACACCCCAAUGUCCAAACCGUGGAGCAGCAGAAAGAGAUCUGUGACAUUCUCCAGCAGAGUCUCCAAGAGGCAGACAUCACCGAAGACACUUUGGCAUUAGAGGCAGGUCUUGCUGAGACAGCAGAAACUCUUGCUCUCUCUGAUGCAACGUCGUAUCUCUCCAAACCAUUGAGCAUCCCUGGUUUAAUCUCAUUACCAAAGGACACCCAAACCGCAGUGGAGCCUCCACAGCCAUCGUUAUUAGCUGUUGGCCCAGGCUGCCCUUCACUCAAACCUACAGGAGCCCAGCUCAUGAGUCUGCUUCCUGGGAAUGUCUUCCCCACACCUCCACUCGAGGCACCCUUUUCUAUUAAUUCAGCACAAAGCACCAGCAUGAUUAUCCAAAAGUCCCUGCCGAGUCUCAUAGGUCGCCAGAUGCUGACCUCCACUGUUAGAACAGUUGCUCCAUCGGGGGUCAUGUUACAAAAAAUGCCUCAACCCAUUCAGCCUAAGUUACCGGUCAACAUCCAGCCGAGGCUUGUACAGAUCAGUCCCAGGCCAACAGGACAGAAACCUUUGCCAGGCAUUGCCUUCAUCUCAGCCAACACAUCACAGAGUGUCUUGUUCUCCCCUUCUGUUGGUCCCAAGCAAGCACAGUCCGCAGGGAGUGUCAGCAAACCUGUCAGCUUCAAUCUAGUUGGUCAGGGAGGCCCCAUUGUCCUUCAGCCCCAGGAUCCUUUUCAGGGUCAGAGACAUUUUUUUCUGCCAAGCCAAGCACCUGCAGCUUUGACCCAGUCUACCAGCAUUCCAAGGUGUCUUUUUAGUGCACCAAGCAAUCAGAUGUCUAAUAAACCCAAUGUUGAGUCUUCUCAAAUUGUGACUGUUCAGCCGAGGCAAAUUAACUUCGGCCCUAUUUUUACAUCCCCAACUGGACAGCUUACUCUAAAGCAAGGGGCCCUUUUGUCGGGGUCCUUACCAAUUCAGUCUAGACCUCCUACAGUCUUCCAGAUGCCAGCACAGAUAGCAGGAACCUAUGCGUCACAAGUGCAGGGGCAGCAUGAUGCAAUAGUUCACAGCGCUGUAGGAAACCAGAUCACACUGAUUAACCAUGCCAAUAUGCUCAUUUCUGAUAUGACCACCGUACCAAUAGUGAACGGUCAGCCAGUGAUGCAAAGUCUGCCUACGGUGCCUCCAGACCAAAGAGCUUUGUCAGAGGGACCUGAGAGGAAGAUGAGCCUAAUCUCCAAUCCAGCGCUUCUCUUGCCUGAGAAGACCAUAGAUGAUGAAGGGAAAGUCAAAGAAACACUUCAAGAGAGCAGAUUGAUUCCUCCAGCUUCAGCGGAAUCACCGAGUGUAGAGAUUCACCCUCAGCCCUCUCCAGUAUCACUACACUCAUCACCAGAUGCUAGUUGUACCCCCGAGCCAGAUUUGUCAUUAUCCCCACAACUGAUCAGCCAAACAGGAGCGCAACACUUUCCCGAAGGAGAGCAGAACCCUUUGCAUCAAAUACAGGCUUUAAUACAUCUUCCCCAACAGUAUACACUUAAUUCGUCAGACACCGAAAGGUCCUUAGCUACAAAUGUACUCGUGCAAAUGGACAAUAACAUCUCUACUGCCUCAAGUGAAGUGGAGCAUUCGCUCACAGCUUUGACUGCAUCUGAGACUUUCCCUUCAUUGUGUGAAAGCGAAGAGAGCUCUAUGACAUUAUACCAUCAUUCAGAGCACAGUGAUAUUCUGCAAUCUCCCAUUGACCAGUGCUCUGUAGGGACCGUCGGCACAUCCUUUGAGCUGACCUCAGCACCAGAUGUGCAGGAGUCAUCCAUGUCAGUUGCUCUUGGUUCUGAUGCCAGAUUUCAGGAAGGGCCGGCCUCUAGUCAGAGCCCUUCUUCUUCCACUGAGAAGUUUAGAUGUCUGCCGCAUCUGGGACAAACUCAUGUGCUAACCGAGCAUGGAAGAACCACAGAGCCAACAACCCAGGAGAACAUGCUGAAAUACAUGCAAUAUGAAAACGAGCUCACGGUCCCUCAUGGUAAGAACAACAGGAGCAUGAUUUCUUCAGACCAGCUAGAAGAGAUGGUACACCUUGAGCCCAGACUGGAACCCCUGGACAAAAAGACCUAUUCAGAGCUUCAGAAGGAGUUUCAGACAACAUCCACAUACAAGGACCUCAAAGAGGAGAAAUUGACAUUAGCAGAGAAGCAACAAAGGGUUAAACAGCAGAUGCUUUUGGACCACACUGCUGUUCUCAGCCCAAACACUUCAGCUCCGUUUGUCUCAGUGGAGGAUGCUGUCAGACAUCUGUUGCCUUACCAUUCUUGUGCUAAAGCCCUUCCCAGCCAGGCGGACUUCAUCUCAGUGGACAAGCAGUUUGAGUGUUUCUCGGUUGUUCUGUUGAAACGAAUCAAAGACAUGCUGAACAAGUACAGACAACUUCUUCUGGCUGAAUCUCAGCAGGACAGCCCGUCAGCAGAGAUGGUGAUGCUGGAGCGCUUGUUCCUCCAAUCCGAGAGACUCUCACUGGUGGAGGACAAACGCAGAGCCAGAAGAGAGCCAGCAGAGUCUAUCCUGAUGUCCCAGACUAAGAGCUCGACUCCGGUAUCAUCCGUCAAGGCUGGCCUUUCUUGUUGUCCCUCAUCUCCACCGUCAUGGACCUUGCAGUCUGAUAGACCUCCAGGCCUGAAGACAUAUCGCUCCAGCAGCAAAGGAGCGCUCCGACUCACUAUCAAACAAGAGUCAGGAUCCUCUGCAAGCGAAGCCGCAAAUGCAGUCUGCGGAUUUAAGCGAAACUACAGCAAGCAGGUAACUGAGGGGAAAGACCAAGUCAUCAAGCCUGCUUUGUUAAAUGUUGACGAGAGCAAAAGUGAAUUCAAUAAGCUGAAAUUGAACCUUAACAAGGAAACGGAAAGUACAGAUAGCGAUUUGCAGAAUCUUACCGAUUCUGUGACAAAUCCAGACUACAUAGCUCAGAGGAGGGAAGGCUUAUUUCCAGAGCAGUGUUCUCCAGUGCUGAAGAGAACCAGGCCGAUGGCUUCAACAGCAGAGUCUCUUUUAGAUGACGGGGAACUGAGCGAAGACCUGCAAAGUGCCAUAGACAGCAUCCUAGAGCUGCAGAGACUGCAGGGGUCUGGAGCAGGGCUAAAAACCAAGAACCAUCAGCUUCAUGCUCUGGAGCAGGCAGUCGGCAGCAUGCUAGGUGGACAACUUUGAGAUGACAAAAAGUGCUAGUUGAAAGGAAACGCCUCAGGACUUACCUUUUUCUGUGCAGUACAUGUGGCUGAUGUAUCCUGCAGUCCACAUCCAGCAGAGACCAAUUUAAUCCAUUCAUUUUCCAGAGGAAAAAAAAAGUGCUAUUUAUUAUUAUUUAUUGUGCAAAACAGAGUGUAUAGAAUCAGCCAGGGCUUUUGAAUCCUUGGGAUUUUUUGUGAAUACAGUUUAUAAGUCUAUGGGUUUAAUAUAACUUCAAAAACACAAG